UAUUUUAUUUUUCAGAAACCAAAACACCAUCUUAAAUCCUUGCCUAAAGGUGCCUGGAAGCGAUUAAAAGACUUGCACGAUCGCCAGAAAAGGCGGCGUCACUUACCAAUAGAGAAUACUUCCCAGGAUCCUUAUAGCGACAACGAAACUGACUCGUUACUAAUACCUAUUGUGCAUAAGGGAACCCCUCCAAAUAGAGUCACUGGAACGAUACCUAAGAAACCUCAAGACGCUGAUCAGAAUCCAAACUGCCCGGUUUCUCGCUUCAGGCAGUUGCAAUUCCAACGCGAUCUACGCAUCCACCCUUUUACAGACACCAAUGUGGAACGCGGCAGGAACAAAAAAGACUUAGAAGUAGUUGAAGAUUUAUCCAAAAUGCCUAGUGAUAAAGAGAAUCAAGAAACCAAACCACUGAACAAUAACAACACAAAUGGAAAUGGUGGCAGUGCACCGAGUAAGCCAAAAAUCCAGCCAAAAUACAGCAUCCAUCGGGAUGUGCUCACCCACGAGGUGGUGAUUAAGCAAACGGGCUAUGCGGCCCGGGACAAGAGUAUACCCUCCUCCCUGCGAAACUGCUGGCAGAGCUGGAACUUCUUCGCACUGUUCACCGGCGUGAUUCCCAUCCUGCAAUGGUUACCCCAGUAUUCACCCAGGAGAGAUCUUCCGGGCGAUAUAAUCGCCGGUUUCACCGUCGCCAUUAUGAACAUACCCCAUGGAAUGGCGUAUGGCAUCUUGGCGGGAGUUUCGGCCGGAAACGGUCUCUACAUGGCUGUGUUUCCAGUGCUGGCCUACAUGUUCCUCGGCACUUCCAAGCACAUCUCAAUUGGCACCUUUGCGGUGGCCAGCAUGAUGACGGCGAAGGUGGUGGACACGUUUGCCAAUGUGGACGAUCACCAUCACGGAGUGCUGACGACUGCUGCUACCACAACGUCAUGGCUGUCAAAUUCCUCUGCAUUAGCGGACGCCAUCACCUCAACCACCUCAUCAUCUCUUUCGGUGUUUAAUCAAACAUCCACUUUUCAGUUGUUUAAUUCUACUACAAUUGCGAAUCCCAUCACAAAACUGGAGCUGGUGACCUCAUUGGCCCUCACCGUGGGCAUUGUUAACCUCCUCAUGGCUUUUCUAAGACUGGGAACCCUGUCGUCGCUGCUGAGUGAACCUCUGGUCAAUGGAUUCACGACUGCUGCAGCUUGCCACGUGGUCACCGCGCAGCUCAAGGAUGUCCUGGGUAUCUCAGUGCCCCGGCACAAAGGCGCUUUCAAGAUCAUAUACAGCGUUAUUGAUGUGAUCAAGGGUGUGCCAGAAACAAAUCUGGUGAACUUUGGCUUUUGUAUGGCGGUGAUCUUGUUUAUGACCAUCUGCAAUGAGUGCUUGAAGCCGCGCCUGAGCAAAAGAUGUCGCUUCCCCCUACCCGCAGAGCUGAUCAUGGUGAUCGGAGGCACGCUGAUCUCCAAGUGGUUGAACCUGAAUGUCGACUACAAGGUUAAUCCAGUGGGGACAAUACCCAGCGGUUUGCCGGAUCCUGUUCUGCCGCGCUUGGAUCUGGUGCCAAAGGUGGCCGUGGAUUCAAUAGCCAUUGCUAUCGUCACCUACUCCAUUAUCAUGUCCAUGGGUCUAACUUUUGCCAAGAAGCAUGGAUAUGAGGUCAGGCCGAAUCAGGAACUUUUUGCCAUGGGCAUUGGCAACAUGGUGGGCGGCUGCUUCUCUUGCAUUCCCAUGGCAUGCUCCUUGUCGAGAUCCGUGAUCCAGGACCAAACAGGUGGGGUGUCGCAGAUCGCUUCUCUGGUUUCCGCCUCGCUGGUGGUAGUUACACUCAUGUGGAUCGGUCCCUUCUUCAGCAGUUUACCCAGGUGCGUUUUGGCUGGCGUGAUAAUAGUGGCAUUGAAACCGAUGUUUAUGCAAGCCAAGGAGCUGAAAAAGUUCUCUAAGCAAGGCAAACUGGAGAUGUUCACCUGGAUAUCCACCUUCCUCUGCGUGGUGAUAAUCGACAUCGACAUCGGUCUUUUAAUCGGCAUCUGCAUCUCGCUGUUGGCCCUCUACAUUAAGGGCCUGAAACCCUACUCCUGCCUUUUGGGUUAUAUGCCAGAGGCCCCGGGAAUCUAUAUGGAUCUCAACCAGCACCGGAAUGCCCUGCAGGUUCCCGAGACACGUAUCUUCCGCUACAGUGGAUCGCUGAACUUUGCGACGAGUUUGUUUUUCCGACGGGCUCUGUUCGAGGCGGUGGGUCUGGACAAGAUUCCGCCGACAAAGGUCAGCAGCAGCAAUAGUAACAGUCCCAGCAAGGGCAGCAAAACGAGCUAUUCCCCGGUAUCGCAGAACGGCGGCAAGGCAAUCAAUGGCCAGCUGGUGGAGUCCUCUGGUGGAUUCAAGGUGCUCAUCCUGGACUUCUCGAUGCUGGGACACAUAGAUGUGGCAGGAUGUCGCACCCUCACCGAUGUGAGCAAGGAGCUGAAGGUGCGCGGAGCCCGUUUGCUGCUGGCCAGUCCCGUGGAUAGGGUGUACGACACCCUGGUCCAUAGUAUGGCGCUCAGCGAAGGACCCUUUGAGAUCUUCCCCACGCUGCACGAUUGCGUGGAAUAUGCCAAUGCCUGUCGGACUGCGUGAGAGGGUAAUCCUGAUCCGGAUCCUGAUCCUGCUCCUGACUUCCCAUGUAAAGGGGAUGCGGAGGUAUAACCAGUUUUGUGAUAUGUCCAAGUGAUAGCUUGUGAAUCGUAGCACCAAAACCCCCUUCCUAGUGGCUAAGACCUAUUUUAAACUAAAUAAAUACAAUGUCGCCGUCUACAAUCAAGCAGAAUAGGCUAAGUUCGUUUAAGUGCCUCCACAAUAUGGAUUUUUUGUACUUAAAACAUACACAGCCCACCAGUCAAGGCAACCGAAGAACUUUUGCGAUCAAUGAAGCGCAUUGAUCUAGAGCAAUUUGUACCAAAAUGAACAAUUCAAACACACACAAUUAGUAUUUAAUUAAUAUGUAUGAAGAUGUAUAAACUGUACAUAAACAUUAAACUGAAUUUGUUGCAA